AUCACAAGUUCAGCUCUAGUACCACGUACUAGUAUACGAUCGAAUGCUGCUCCUGAAUUUGCACAAAAAAUUAUUACUAAGUUCAUAAAGUUUUAAUAAAAAUGUAAUACUUGUUGAAAUUGUUGGUUUUCAAACAAAGCUGGUGCUCCUAGUGAUAUGCUUACCGAUAGUCGACACGAAAGUCAUGAUCAAAGUUAAAAAAAAAUGACGAUUUCCUUUGAUUUAAAUCAGUGAUCAAUCGAAAGAACUAACUUUUCGUCAAGAAUACUAGUGCAGUCUUUCCCAGUGAAAAAUAAGAAGAACUAGUUCAUCAUGCCCAGAAAACUGUUGAAAUUCCUCAUCCUGUUCGACAACUCAUCGCUGCUAUAUUUUCCUGGCCAGUUCUUAUCCGGAAGGGUUCUACUCGAACUCCAAGAAAACACACCCGUACUAGGUUUACACUUCCACGUUGUCGGAGAAUGCGUGGUGCGUGUAAGAUCCGGCCGCCACGAACGGUCCUACGAUAAGGAAAACUACAUUGACUUCCGGAUGCGCUUGCUGGGCGAUGCCGAACACCAAGGACCCACGGUGCUGUCUCCUGGGAUCCAUAGCUUCCCGUUCAAACUCGGCCUGCCAAUAGACCUUCCGUCCACUUUUUUGGGUCGCUAUGGGUGGGUCCAGUAUUAUUGUAAAGCGGCGCUGCGUGAGCCUUCGGGCUUGAUCCACAAAAACCACCAGGUCUUCAUCGUCAUGAACCCUAUAGACUUGAACACGGAACAACCCUAUUUGGCGGAUCCGUUCAAAUGCAACAUUGAACAUAAUCUGGGUGUAGCAUGCGUUGGCGGUGGAAUCGUGAAAUGUAGAAUCAUUCUCGAUCGAGGAGGUUACGUCCCAGGUGAAUCGAUCAUGAUUACAGCAACCGUUACGAAUUCGAGCAGUGUUACGAUCAAGAGCACCAAGGCUGCUCUAACAGAGACCAUUCAGUAUUUUGCUCACGAGAAGUUGAUCCAAACAGAAAAACGCGAGCUGGCGGUUAUUGCACGAGGUAAAAUUCGGCCUGGAUGCCGAGAUGAAUGGCAAAAUGAGUCCCUGUAUGUGCCACCUCUGCCACCGACAAACCUUCGAGGAUGCCAUCUCAUUCGGAUACAAUAUGAUGUUUGUUUUUUGAUCGAACCCAAAUCCUUGGAGAAACAGGUGAAACUGCAGCUACCCAUUACACUAGGAACUUAUCCAUUCAAAAACGGCGAUGGGGAGGAUACCAACGAGUGGGCCGAAACGGUGUACAAACCAGAAACGCAUUACCCCUCAACGCUACCCAUAUUCAGACCAUGGCUACACGAAAAGGCCGAUUCCAAAUAGUUCUAUGAGGGGAGGCCUACAACAGUUCGUGCAAUCAUGACAACGGCAUCUUUUAGUGAUAUACUAUUGUUAGAAAAUUGCAUUUUAUAGAAUAAGCACGACAAGGCAUCAUCAUCUAGGGAGGUACAGAAAAGUGCCAUACAACAAGUAUAGAAGUAUAUAUAUACGAACAAUGGUGUAUUUUAGGUAUAACAAAUCGAAGAAUAAAUUGUGCAACAAAUCGAA